CGGAGAAGGUGGCGCGAGCGGGAGAAGUGCCGGCUGCACAGCCCGCGCUCCGGCCGGGUCGGCUCCCGGGAGACACCGCCGGGCCAGAUCCGGCCGGGGCCCGCCCGCUCCGCGGCCGAAAUGAGCACCCUUCCAAGAUGGCGACGCCCGUAGAGACACUCCCGAGGGGCCAGCUAUGUUAGCUGCCUGACAGUCACUAAAGAACAUUUGAAAGCCCGCCUCUCCACCGCCACGCACACGCGCUAACACGGCGCGAGGGCACCCCUGUGGGACUGCGGCCGGCCGGCCGCUCCCAGGCUGACACUGAGCAUGUGCACGGUCAAGUCCAGACACGGAAGUGUCCCUCAGAGGUAGUUUCCACACUUAGGGUUCCGGGACGUGAGUUUAACAGAGGCGGCAGAGUUGGGCCAUGGAAGCACUGACAUGAUUAUGGGGGUGUGGUGACAUGGAUUUCGCACUCAGUGAUGCUACUCCGUAGGUAUCCAGCACAGAGAGCUGCCCCCUCGGUGCCCCCAGGAGGCAAUUGUGGGGAGAAUGGUGAAUGACUGACCACGUGGACACUGGCUUUUCAGCAUUUCUUGGAGUCUCUGCGGAGCCCCCAGGCCAGACCCCAGCAGCUCUGAUUGGGUCCCCGGCUGCCCACCCGGCUUCGAGCUCCUGGGAAGAGCAGAGUCAUCGGCAAGAGAGCCCGGAGAGCUGAGGCCCAGCGGGAACAUGCCAGCCAACCAGAGUUCUCCCCAAUGGUCCUCGGUCCUGGCUGCAGAGGGACAUGGCAGCCUGUGUGAGGUCUCCGUGUCAUUUGAGGAUGUGACUGUGGACUUCAGCAAGGAAGAGUGGCAGCACUUGGACCCUGCUCAGAGACGCUUGUACCGGGAUGUGACGCUGGAGAAUUACAGCCACCUGCGCUCAGUGGGGUGCCAGGUUCCCAAACCAGAGGUCAUCUUCAAGUUGGAGCAAGGAGAGGGGCCAUGGACAAUGGAGGGGGAAACCCCACAUCAGAGCUGGUCAGACGAAGAUAUUGGGGGGAAGCAACACCAGAGAAUUGCUGGGAAAGUUUCAUUGCACUGUGAGAAAUUUGGUCAACCCAUAGGAGAAGAUCCAUUGUGUUCCAUUUUAGAAGAAUUGUGGCAAAACAACAGCCAGCUAGAGAGAUAUCGGGAGAGCCAGAAUCACCCUUUAAGUCAUGUGAAAGUGUUGAUUAAGGAGAGGGGCUAUGAAUGUAAGAAUAUUGAAAAAAUAAUCCAUGUGAGUACCAAGCUUGUUCCUUCAAUUAAAAGUCUCCGUAACUAUGACCCAUUUGGAAAGAGUCUGAAGCAUACUUUAAACUUACACAAUCAUAAUAAAAGCAAUGCAACAAAGAAGCUUGAUAAGAUUUUUGGAAAUGAUAAUAAUUUUGCCCCUAGCUCUUCGUCUGCUGAGACUGUGAGUACAGGGGCAAAUUCCUGUGACAUUAAUCAACGUGGAAAACAUCUUGGCAACAAACAAACUCUCAUCCACCAUCAGACAAUUCAGACUGGGGAGCAACUGCCUGUAUGUACUGAGUGUGUAAAGAGCUUCCCCCAAAAGCCCCAUCUCUCUGAGCAUCAGAGAAUUCAUGCUGAGGAAAAAUCCCAUGAAUGUCAUAAAAGCCACAAAGCCCUCAGGCAGAAGCCACCAAUUAAUGUACCUCAAAGUGCUUAUACCGGAGACAAACCCUAUAUAUGUACUCAAUGUGAGAAGGCCUUUACUCUCAAGUCGAACCUCAUUACACAUCAGAAAAUUCAUACUGGGCAGAAACCCUAUAAAUGCAGUGAAUGCGGAAAAGCCUUUUUCCACAGAUCCUAUCUCUUUAGACACAUGAGAAUCCAUACGGGAGAAAAACCAUACGAAUGCCGUGAGUGUGGAAGAGGCUUCUCCCAGAAUUCAGACCUUACCAUACAUCAGAAAACUCAUACGGGAGAGAAACACUACGCGUGCAGCGAAUGUGGGAAAGCCUUCACCAGAAAGUCAGCACUCAGAAUGCAUCAGAGAAUCCACACAGGAGAGAAACCCUACGUAUGCCCUGAAUGCGGGAAGGCCUUCAUCCAGAAAUCCCACUUCAACACACAUCAGAGAAUCCAUACCGGUGAGAAGCCUUACGAAUGCAGCGAGUGCGGAAAGUCGUUCACUAAGAAGUCACAGCUCCACGUGCAUCAAAGAAUUCACACAGGGGAAAAACCCUAUAUAUGUACAGAAUGUGGAAAGGUCUUCACACACAGGACAAACCUCACUACACAUCAGAAAACUCAUACUGGAGAGAAACCCUAUACGUGUGCUGAAUGUGGCAAGGCUUUCAGCGACCAGUCAAAUCUCAUUAAACACCAGAAAACGCACACUGGAGAGAAACCCUAUAAAUGCAACGGCUGUGGAAAAGCCUUCAUAUGGAAGUCACGCCUCAAAAUACAUCAGAAAUCUCAUAUCGGAGAGAGACACUAUGAAUGCAGCGAAUGUGGGAAAGCCUUCAUCCAGAAAUCGACACUAAGUGUGCAUCAGAGAAUCCACACUGGAGAGAAACCCUACGUUUGUCCUGAAUGCGGGAAGGCCUUCAUCCAGAAAUCCCACUUCAUUGCACAUCAUAGAAUCCACACCGGGGAGAAGCCUUACCAGUGCAGUGACUGUGGAAAGUGCUUUACUAAGAAGUCACAGCUUCGUGUGCAUCAGAAGAUUCACACAGGGGAGAAACCCAAUAUAUGCGCCGAAUGUGGAAAGGCCUUCACUGACAGGUCCAAUCUGAUAACACACCAGAAAAUCCACACUAGAGAGAAACCCUAUAAAUGUAGCGACUGCGGAAAAACCUUCACUUGGAAGUCCCGCCUCACUAUCCAUCAGAAAUCUCAUACUGGAGAGAGACACUAUGCAUGCGGUAAAUGCGGGAAAGCCUUCAUCCAGAAAGCAACGUUAAGCAUGCAUCAGAUUAUUCAUACUGGAAAGAAACCCUAUGCCUGUACAGAAUGUCAGAAGGCCUUCACCGACAGAUCGAAUCUCAUUAAGCACCAGAAAACUCACAGUGGAGAAAAAGUAUAAAGCCACCGACUGAAAAGGCCUUCAGCUGGGACUCAGACCUGGGGAUACAUCAGAGGUCUCAGAGUAGGGAAGAGGAGUGCCAGAUGCUGUGAUCAGGGGUGUGGGGUUGGGGCGGGGGAGUGGGCAUGAUGGCCCACAGCUUAAGGGAACAGAAGGCAAACAAAGCCAAGUGUCCUUCAGCCAAUUGGAAAUAGAAACACUGGCACCACCAGUUGAUGUGCAAUUAUAUGCAGAGGGAAACAAUUUGAUAAGGGAUUUGGGCCAUAGUCCUUUGGAGAACCUCAAGCUCCUGCAAACAGUAGAAAGACAGACCCCAGGAGAUGACUUGUAAUCUCCUAUGUUUCACUUUUUGGAUUGUAUAAAUUCAGCACUGAUUGGUUCUUCAUAUCCUGGGAUGCAGAAGUGCUUAAUACCAGCCACCUUGUUUUCUAAUGUCUCGGGUGGGGAGAAAAGUGUUCAUUGUCCAAACUCCCUUGGAGCACCAAAGUCAAGGCAAAAACCUACUGGGAAGACAGAUCUGUGAGGAGAAGCCAGAAGUUUUUGUGAUUAUUGACAUUUAAGACCCAGAAAAGAUGGCCACGAGGCACUGUUCUUUCUCUUCCCUUCUCCAGAGUAUAUAUUUAAAAAACGAAAUGGAAUUCUAAUGACUUUAUAUAUUGGCAAAUUAGGCAUAGCUGUAGCCAGUGUUACAGGAAUAUAGUUAUUAAACCUUACAGACAUCUAAAGGUGGCAGUUUAUUCCCUCAUUACUUCCAUGCUGUGGCCACAGGUGAUUCACAUCCAAAAAAGGCAUGCAUACUUUCUGACCUGUACACCAAAAGCUAGCUUUCAUGUAGCCCACAGACCACAGACUUCUCAUCCCCUUAGUAACUGACCCUAAAACAAUGACACUGAGCCACGACACACUGGACUUCUGGCCUCAUCUACUGAAGCUUCUGCUUUCUUUAGGUUUCCUGUUUAAAAGGAGUGGUUGAUUAAUUGGGUUUCAAGACAUAACAUUGUGAUUUUGUUUUUCUUUCAAUUUGGUAAGAUACAUUCAUUUUCUACAAGCACAUGAAGAGCAGAAUUGUGUUGAUUGCUAUGGGAUAAAGUCAUGUUGCACUGUAUUUGUUUAGUCUAAGAUACAAUUAUAGUUGAACAGCUAGAAGACUUCUCUAGAAAAAGCACUGCUUUUUUUAAAACACUGAUCUAAAGACACUUUCUCAUUUUCCCUUAAAUGGUUUUUAUGAUACUCAUAAGAAAAGGGGCUUUCUAACAUGCAAAUUUACCUGAUUUUUAAACCUUUUUAUUAACAUAUAAUGCAGACAGAAAAUGCAGCUAUCGUAAGCAAACAGCCCAAUGGAUUCUUACAAACUGCACACACUCAGAUCAAGAAACACAACAUGCCCAACACACCAGAAGCAUUCCCUGUUCUCCCUUCAGGCUUCGUCCCCUCAACUCCCAAGAUAAACACUAUCUGACUUCUAACAGCAUCGAUUAGUUUUGUCUGUUUGGUAUUUUAUGUAAAUUGAGUCAAAUAAUUAAAUAUAUUUCAUAUUUUAAUAAUAUACUCUUUAGUGUCUAUGUUUCCUUCACAUUGUAAAGUAAGGGUUCAUCCACUUUAUUAAAUACCCUUGUAGAUCAUUCAUUCAUUCUCAUGGUCACGAUAUAUUCCAUUGUGUGAAUUGUAGUAUACCACAGUAUAUCUGUUCCACUGUUGGUGGACAUUUGGGUUGUCUGCAGCCUUGGGCUAUUGGAAAUAGUGGUGCUAUAAAUAUUUUAGUACCCAUUUAUUAGUGACCAUAUUUAUGAAUCUCUGUUAGGCAUAUUUCCAGACUUUGAACCACCAAAUUGUACAGUAUCCAUAUGCUCAGCUUUAGUUUAUAAAACUAGUUUUCUAACGGGGCUGUACUAAUAUACACUCUCACCAGUGCAGUAGAUGAGUUCUAGUUGCUCCAGGUUCUUGCUAACACUUGGUAUUUUCCAUCUUUUUUUUCUUUAGCUUAUAUAGUCUCCAUAAUGUUAGUAUCUAGUGAUAUCUCCAUGUGAUUAUAAUUUUUAUUUCUUCCAAUUCCACCAUAGCAGCUCCCAAGACAGUUAAUGAUAUCUGAGAUCUGAGACCCAGGCGUGGUUCUCACAUGCUUCACAGUAAGCAAAUACUAAGUUUAAAUCUUCCCACACAAAAGAGCCUAAAGCCAGAUGGCUUAACAGGUUAAUUGCAUUAAACAUUUAUAGGAGAAUAAUAUCGAAGCUCCAUAAAAUCGUUCAAAAAAUAGAGGAAGAAAGAACAAUCCCCAAGUCUGUGAGGCCAGUAUUACCCUGAUACUUGAGCUAUACCACCACAUAAACACAUAACAACAAUAACAAACUACAGAGCAGUAUUCCUCAUGAAUACAGAUCUAAAAAUCCUCAACAAAAUAUUAGCAAAUUGAACCUAACAACAUAUAAAAGAAUUAUACAUAAUGACCAAGUGAGGUUUAUUCCAUGAUGCAAGGCUGCAUCAACAUUCAAAAAUUAUUCAAUGUAAUGAUAUUAAUAAGCUGAGGAAGAAAAGUCACAUGAUCUGCAGAUUCAAUACGAUUUUAUCAAACUUUGAGCAGGCUUUCUUCUCUCCAAAACUGAUAAACUAAUCUUCAAAAUAUAGAGAGAUGUAGAAAGGAUCAAGAAUAGCAAAUAGGUUGGGGCACCUGGGUGGCUCAGUGGGUUAAGCCUCUGCCUUCGGCUCGGGUCAUGAUCUUAGGGUCCUGGGAUCGAGCCCCGCAUCAGGCCCUCUGCUCGGCGGGGAGCCUGCUUCUCUCUCUCUGCCUGCCUCUCUGCCUACUUGUGACCUCUCUCUGUCAAAUAAAUAAAUAAAAUCUUUAAAAAAAAAAAAGAAUAGCAAAAAGGAAUCUGCCAAAGAACAAAGAGGGAGGACAUUUGCUGACCAAUUUAAAAAUUAUUAUAAAGCUACAGUAAUUGAGAUAGUAUGGUACUGGCAUGGGGAUAGAUCAACAGAACAGAAUAGAGUCCAGUAAUAAACCCUCAUGCUUACUGUAAACAUCUUGUUUCUACUUUAUUUUUUUUCCACAAAAGAGCGAAAGCAAUUCAAUGGGGAAAGAAAACCCUUUCAACAUUUGGUGGAGGGAUAAUUAGAUAUUCACAUGCAAAAAGAUAAAUUUAAAUCUUGCUUCACACCAUCCUAACAACUCAAAAUGGACCACAGACAUAAAUAUAAAAGCUAAAACUAUAAAGGUUUUAGUAGAAAACAGGAGACAAGUCUCUGUGACCUUGUUUUAGACAAGAAAUUCUUAGAUAGGACACAAAUAACAUGCUCCAUAAGGAAAAAAAUAAUAAACUGGACUUCAGCAAACCCAAAACCGAAAAGUUUGUCCUUCAAAAGACACCACCAAGGAAAUGAAAAGACAAAACAGACUGGGAGAAAACAUUUGUAAGUUCUAUGUCUGAUAAAGGACUUGUAUGCAGGAUAUAUAAAAAACUCCUACAACUUGAUUAAAAAAAAAAAGACAAACAACCCAUUUUAAAAAUGGGCCAAAGAUUUAAAGAGACCUUAAGCACAUAAAGAAAUGCCCAACAUCAUUGGUUAUUAGGGAAAUUCUCAUGAAAACCACAAUAAGAUACCCCUUUGCAUGCACUAAAAUGGUUAUAAUAAAGACUAUCAUAACAAAUGUUGGCAAAUACAUGGAGAGUUAGGAACUUUCAUACAUUUCUGGUGUAAAUGCAUUAAAGUGGUAUAACCACUUAAGAAAAGUGUCAUUUUCCUUAAAAGUUCAUCAUAAGUUUACCAUAGGACCCAGCGAUGUCACUGCUAGGAUCUGCCCAAAAGAUACGUAAUGUGUUCACGCAAACACUUGCACCAGUUCAUAACAGCAUUAUUUAUACCAGGCAAAGAGUAGAGACAAUCCAAAUGUUCAUCAACUGGCAAACGAUACACAAAAUAUGAUGCAUUCAACAAUAAAAGGAAACAAACACUAAUAAACACUACAACAUGGGUGAACCUCAAAAAUACUACGCUAAGUGAAAGAAGCAAGACACAAAAGAUCAAGGAUCGUAUUUGUAUAUUGUAUUUCUAUGGAAUUUCCGGAAAAAUCUAUAAAGAUCUGUAGACUAGUGGUUGUCUGGGGGUGAAAAUGGGAAUGGUCAUUAACUGUAAAUUAGUACAGGAAUCUUACUGGGGUGAUAUAGAUGUCCUAGAACUUGAUUGUGGUGAUGCUUUCAUGACUGGGUAAAUUUAAUGAAGGUCAUUGAGGUGAUCCUUAAUUCCAUUCCUUUUUGAACACCUGCAUUCCCUGCCGUACCAUCUGUAGCCCCUACAGCUAGACUGAACUGUUCUUGUCUUGGAGCCUGUUGGACAUUUAAGAAUAAACUUUUGUUUUGAAAAAAGUCCUUGAACUGUACAAUUUAAAUAAUGGAAUGUAAAUUAUACCUCAAUAAAGUUUUCUUUUUCAGAGUU